CUCCGAGUCAAAGGUCAGACCAACAGAAAACCCAAGAACAUGAAUAAGAAAAAGGAAAUCAUUCUCCUCUGUUUCUUCCGUCUCUAAAUCUCUGAGAAACCAGAGAAGAUGAAGAUGAAAUCAGAAACAUUAACAUUGGUGUUAGUGAAUCUAGCAGGGAUAAUGGAAAGAGCCGAUGAAUCGUUAUUACCGGGUGUUUAUAAAGAAGUAUGAGCAGCUUUACAUACUGAUCCAACUGGUUUAGGUUCAUUAACUCUUUUCCGUUCAAUUGUACAGUCGUUGUGUUAUCCAUUAGCUACUUAUCUUGCUGUUCGUCAUAAUCGUGCUCAUGUUAUUGCUCUUGGUGCUUUUCUUUGGGCUGCUGCAACUUUCUUGGUUGGCAUCUCUUCUACUUUCUUGGAGAACCUGCAGGGGUGUAGCAAAUUUGAAUAGCAGACUGCUCACAGCUAGAAUGGGUUAGCAAAUUUUAUCAGAAGUGUGUGGAUAGAUAAACCACCAACUGUCAUUUCGAUCUACUUAAACAUGCUAAAGCUUAAGAAAUGUGGCUGUUUCCCGUGGUUUGAAUGGGAUUGGACUUGCUAUAGUUAUACCAGCUAUGCAGUCCCUGGUUGCCGAGUCAACUGAUGACCAUAAUCGCGGUGUAGCUUUUGGAUGGCUUCAGGUAACGGGAAAUAUAGGGACAAUUCUCGGUGGUCUGCUGUCAGUUCUUCUAGCUUCCACGUCAUUCAUGGGUAUUGCUGGUUGGAGAAUUUCGUUCCAUCUUGUUGAAAUUAUUAGUGUAAUUGUUGGAGUUUUAGUCGGAUUGUUUGCCAAAGACCCUCGGUUUGUAGAUAAAAGUAGUACAGAUGGUUCAAGUUUAGCAAAAUCGGUAUUGUUAACGGAAAAUAUAGGGACAAUUCUCGGUGGUCUGCUGUCAGUUCUUCUAGCUUCCACGUCAUUCAUGGGCAUUGCUGGUUGGAGAAUUUCGUUCCAUCUUGUUGCAAUUAUUAGUGUAAUCGUUGGAGUUUUAGUCGGAUUCUUUGCCAAAGACCCUCGGUUUGUAGAUAAAAGUAGUACAGAUGGUUCAAGUUUAGCAAAAUCGGUAUUGUUAGAGUUUAAGGAAUUGUUUCGAGAAGCGAAAUCGGUGAUGAAAAUUUCAUCCUUUCAGAUUAUUGUAGCACAGGGAGUUAGUGGAUCAUUUCCAUGGUCCGCUUUGUCGUUCGCACCAAUGUGGUUGGAACUUAUUGGCUUCACUCACAAACAAACAGCACUUCUCAUGGGUAUGUUUACAGUUGCUAGUUCUAUUGGGGCACUUUUCGGAGGAAAGAUGGGAGAUGUGCUCUCUGUCCGUUUUCCAAACGCAGGGAGGAUUAUUUUAUCUCAGAUAAGUUCAGGUUCAGCUAUCCCACUUGCAUGGAUUCUGCUGCUAGGUUUUCCUGAUGAUCCCAACACUGCAUUCAAACACGGCCUAAUUUUGUUCAUCAUGGGUUUGUUCAUAACCUGGAAUGCUGCGGCUACAAACAAUCCAAUAUUUGCAGAGAUAGUUCCAGAGAAAUCUAGAAUGAGCAUUUAUGCUCUGGAUCGAUCUUUUGAAUCUGUGCUAGCAUCUUUUGCACCUCCGGUAGUCGGACUUCUGUCACAACAUGCUUUUGGUUAUAAACCCAUUCCUCAAGGAUCAAGUCUGUCAGUUGAGGUAGAAAGAGAUAGAGAAAAUGCUGCAUCACUAGCCAAGGCCCUGUACACAGCAAUAGCAAUUCCGAUGGCUCUUUGUUGCUUCAUUUACACAUUCCUCUAUCGUACUUACCCAAAAGAUAGAGACCGGGCAAAGAUGAACGCGUUGAUUGAAUCAGAAAUGGAGCAGUUAAAGUCGGAAAAUCUUCCAACUGCGGGAGACUAUUCUCAAGUUCAGGUUUAUGAAAAAGAAACUGUGAUCGAUCUUGAUUAUGGAGCGGAGGAGGAUGGCCUUGCAGCUGAUGAGAGUGAUGAGAAGACCCUACUUACUCGUGAAUAAGAAUCAAUUGCGUUUAAUAUCCCAACCAGGUAUCCUUCACAUUUGCGAAAACGUACAUGAAGAAAUUUGUUUGACCUCUUGGACAGCAAAAGAUUGCGCAGUCUAGGACAUAGUAGGAUCAAUAAAUAGUUGUUGUUCCAUAUAGAAAUAUCCUUAAAAACGAUUGAACCCGCUGUUCAAUCUACUGGGAAAGAAAAUUUUGUACUUAUAACGGGGUGUACAAAUAUAACUUUUUAGUUUUAAUUGUAAAGAAGAGAAAUGUUUGGUAUUGUUGUUCA